UCCCGGAAGUAAGGCAUUAAUAAACUUCCGUUUCUAGGACUGCAGCUCACGUUGUCUUUGCUUUUGUAAACAUCCUUGAAUGUUUCUCUUUUUGUAAUAUAGUUCCUCUUACUUUUACAUUUCAAAGUAUUAUAGUUUCAAACAUGGGCUUUCUCAUGUCUAAAUCCAUGGAUGCAAACUUACAAAAGCAGCAGGAGUUCAUGCUUAACAAUUCACGGUUGCAGAUGGAGCGUCAGAUCCUGAUGCAGAACCAGAUGAGAGAGAGACAGAUGGCCAUGCAGAUUGCCUGGUCCAGAGAGUUUCUCAAAUACUUUGGCUCCUUCUUUACAGUGGCCACAUUGGGACUAACAGCAGGAGCCAUUAAAAGAAAAAGUCCCGGCAUGCUGGCUCCGAUUAUUCCUCUCGGUUUCGUAUUUGCCUAUCAGAUGGACAGCGCCUAUGGGACACUCAUUUAUCGGAUGAGAGGCGAGGCUGAGAAUAUCAUGGCGUCUGAGCACGAUCGUUUGGACCUGCCUCUGGGGACGCCAACGUACGAGAGCAUAGAGAAGGCCCGCCGGGCCAAAACCGGCCUCAUCUCUUUUUUGGAGAAGUGAUUCAUCAGUUGUGACACGAAUCAAGAUCCAAACCGUCCGACCGGUGCGUUCACCUGUGCUAUUUCUGUUUUAUCAUAGAGAACAGCUGUCAGGUCCAAUUUGGGUUCCUUGAACGUGUUGGAGUCUGCGGUUUGCACCAAGUCUACAUCAUGAACCUUUAAAUAAAUCUGUAGCUGUUUUGAUUUUGUAUAGCAAUCUCAUUAUUGAAAGCUGAUUGGCUGAUGAAGUUUACUGAUUUUAGAUGAGUUAAAUGUAUACAUUUACUGUGCCGUUGUGGUAUAAAAUACAAAUGAUAGUAAUAAACAGACACUGUCAAUGACUCAUUAUUUGCUCCUGACAAAUUACCGUAGGUGAUGAUUUCCGACCACUAGGGGGCAGAAUGUCCAUCAUUACUUAUUUAUUGGUGCAGCAUCUCAUUAGUCAGUUUCUGCUUCACUACUCAAUAAUUGGGGUCAUCAAACCAAAGCUUUUUAUUUGUACAUUUAUAUUUACUUACAUAAUUUGCAUCUGACAUAUUGAAAGUAUUUGUUAAGCCAAU